AUGCGCGCGGCGCGCGCGCGGACCGGCGCGAUCGGCGCGCGCGCGACGCGGCGCGCGUCGUCGACGCGCGCGCGUCGCGACGCGGCGCGCAUCGGCGCGUCCGCGGCGUCGAAAUCAUCGUCGCCGUCGUCCGAGAGGGACGACAUCGGCGCGGACGGCGCCGGCGUCGCCGUCGUCGGCGUCGGCGCGCGCGGGUGCGCGCUCGUCGACGCGCUCGUCGACGCCAGAGCGCUGCCGAGGGCGGAGAUGUGGGCGAUGCACGCGGACGAGGACGCGCUCGAGCGCUCGCGCGCGGCGAACCGGUGGCGGUUGCCGCCGGCGAACGUCGAGGCGACGACGACGGCGAUCGAGGGCAACGCGGCGAGCGCGGCGAGAGCGGUGAUGGCGAUGGGAGCGCCGAGGGUGAUGGUGGUCGUGUGCGCGGGAGGGGAGGCGGUGGAGAGCGCGACGGCGUUUACGCGAUGGGCGACGCGGGAGAAGAACGCGCGAGCGAAGAAGAAACGGUUUUUUGGAUUCAAGGGAGCGAAUCGCGCGCCGGAGGGUGAGAUCAUGAUCGCGGGGGUGAUCGAACCGUUCACGUUCGAGGGAAGGCGGAAGCAACGCGGGUGCGAUGAGUUUUUGAGAGCGUGCGCGGAGCCGGGGGCGUGCGACGCGGCGCUGACGGUGUCGCAGUCCGAGCUGUUGAAGAACGGAGAGGAUGGAAUGUCCGUGCAAGACGCGACGUCGAUCGCGGAUGCGUCUUUGUUGUACGCCGUGCUGAGCGCGGUGGAAUCGCUCCGAUCGAGCUGCUGGAGCUCGGGCGGGGAACGCGACGCGAGCGACGUCGACGCGUGGACGCCUCAAAUCGAAAAGGGUGGGCGUCUUCGGGCGAAGGUGAACGAUGUCAUGUCGUCUCACGGUGGUGGGUGCGGCGUCGCGCACGUAGGUCGCGGUGUCGCCGAUGUGCCGACGUACGGAAGCGCGGACGAGGCGAUCGCCGCCGCCGCGCGCGCCGCCAUCGCGACGGCGGCGCGGCAGAGUCCUUUUCUGGCUCCCGGGCGCUUCGACACCGCUCGAUUGGUCAUCUGCACCGUGAAGCACGGCAACGCGUUUGGACCGCUCGCGCGCGCGACGAUUUCUCAAGCGCUGAGUGAACUCACGAGUGCGGAACAAUUCAUUUCAAUCGCGAAUCCAGACAAGAGAGGCUCGACCGAAGUGGAAGUGACCCUGCUCACCGUCACCGACGCCGAAACGGCGGCGGCACCGGCGCCGGAAUCAAAGACCGUUCCCGUCGUGUCCGAGGACCCACUGCAUAAGUCGAAUCCGAUGCUGUUCGUGCCUGGAUACGUUGCCGGCGAAGAGCAGACAAAGCGUAAGACGACGAAGCUUUCGCGGGACGAUUUGAAAAAUUUCGGUAACGACGACACGCAAGCGAUUGUCGCCACGGAAGAGCGCGCCGUAAUUUUCACCUCCGAUCAACUCGCGACGACUGCCGUCAUCGCACCGGAAGUAACCGGCGCUGAGCGCUCUUCACGCUCCGCUGCGCUUCCUCUCCCGCGCGACUUCGCCACCAAGCAAGUCACCGUGCGCGUCAGCGAACCGCGGAUGGACGAGUCUGGUAACGUCAUCGGCUACAAGACGUUGCAAGGCGAGGAACCGGACAAAAAGUCUUCACCGGUCAAAACUCUGUUUGGGUGGCGACCCGACAAACCCAAAAAGCAAGAAAAAUCUGAACUCUCCAGGCGCGCGCUCGGCAUGCUCGAACAAGACGGGAAAAGAAGAGGAGCCGCCGUUCGAAUGGAAUUCGCCAACACCUCCGUCUACGAAGGCGAAUGGGCGGACGGAAAACGCGAGGGUGUCGGUCGUCAAGUAUUUGCGGACGGUGAUUGGUACGAGGGGAAUUGGUUUGCAGAUCUCCCGGACGGGAAAGGGAAGCUUAGCUUCAAGACGGGAGAAAACAGCUUCUUUGAAGGCAUGUUCAACGCGGGCGUGCCGGAUGGCCCGGGUAAGCUCGUGCGCACAUCGGGCGACGAGCUCGUCGGCAUGUGGCGCGACGGUGCGUACGUGGACGAGGAGAAUUAG